AUGCACAACAUAGUGCUAGCGGGGUAUCUGAAGCUGCCGCCCGCUGCCCUGGCAGCACGGGGUGGACUACAUAGUGCUAGCGGGUAUCUGAAGCUGCCGCCCGCCUCUCCGCCCUUCUCCCCCAGCUCACCCCGUUCUCUUGCCUCCCUGGCCCGCACCCUUUCCACUCCUCCCACUCCCAGGCAGCACAGAGUGGAGUACAUGGUCCUAGCGGGGUAUCUGAAGCUGCUCCCCGCUGCCCUGGCAGCACAGAGUGGACUACAUAGUGCUAGCGGGGUACCUGAAGCUGCUGCCGGCCUCGCUGGCGAUUGUCCUUUCACACCCUUACCCACUCUCGCUCCCACCACCAACUCUCUCCCCUCUCCCUCACGGCCCAGGCAGCACGGAAUGAAUUACAUAGUGCUAGCAGGGUAUCUGAAGCUGCCGCCCGCCUCUCCGCCCUUCUCCCCCAGCUCACCCCGUUCUCUUGCCUCCCUGGCCCCCACCUUUUACACUCCUCCCACGCCCAGGCAGCACGGAGUGGAGUACAUAGUGCUAGCGGGGUAUCUGAAGCUGCUGCCCGCCUCACUGGUAGGGUCGUUCCUCACUCAACCGUUCUGCACUUCUUCCACCCCCAUCUGUUUGCGCAGGCAGCACGGGGUGGACUACGUGGUGCUAGCAGGGUAUCUAAAGCUGCUGCCCGCCUCGCUGGUGGAGGCAUUCCCGCGAGCCAUCCUCAACAUCCACCCCGCGCUGCUGCCUGCGUUCGGAGGCAAGGGCUACUAUGGCAUGCGCGUGCACAAAGCAGUCAUCGCCUCUGGCGCCAGGGUAUCAGGCCCCACGGUGCACUUUGUGGAUGAGCCUGUGUUGCCCUCACUCUUCCCUCCUACUCCAACCAACCCACUCUCCUUCAUUUUUCCUCCCUCGCGCCACCCCCCUGCCAGGGUAUCAGGCCCAACGGUUCACUUUGUGGACGAGCGGUACGACCACGGCCCCAUAGCAGCGCAGGCGGUGGUGCCCGUGCUGCCCUCCGAUGACCCCCCCGCCCUGCAGGCGCGCGUGCUCGCCCAGGUUGUCAUGAGACCCCUUUCCUCCCGUGUGUUCUUGCUCCCUCCCUCCACAUGCGUGACUCCACACACUCCCCCUCACACGAAUGGCCAUCUCCUCUGCUCUCAGGAGAACCGGCAUUAUCCGCUGCCCUGCCGUUCCUCCAACAUGUCCUUGCCGCCACACUUCCUCCCCCCUUCUUGUGUCGCCAACCCCUCUGUGCUGUCAGGAGCACCAACUGAAUGUGUGGGUGGUGGCAGUGCUGAGCACCAACUGUAUGCGCGGGUGGUGGCAGCGCUGUGUGACGGCCGGGUGGAGUGGCGGGAGGAUGGCGUGCCGCUCAUUCGCGCAACAAAGGAUGGCAACGAGUUUGAGUAG